UAAAAAUAUUGUAUAUUUAUUUGACUGAAAUUUUGAUGUUUAAGUGUGAAUACAUUAUUACUAUUAAUAUACGACUACUUGUUAACCGAUUCCGUGCCAAUAGUUUUGUGAAUUUCAAUCGACACGUGUUUAACAAAACCAAUUACACUUUUGGGGCGUUUAGUGUCAAUCGUCAGCAAAAGUUUUCUCAGACAACUGCAGCUAUGGUUAAUUUACUACUGAGUGAUAGCGUCUCGGAGUCAAACAGUGAUACCAUUGUUUUGUUAUCACUAAACGUUUCGGACAAGUUAUUGACCGGAUCACUGGCCAAAUAUGUCGAACCUUUAAAUGGCCAAAAACUUAUAGACAAUGCUUUUGAAAAAGAAGGCGGAAUUGUGCAGUUGUCGACAAAUCCAGUCCGACGGUUAGUGUACUCACCGGUGGGAUCCGUCAAUCGCGACUACGAUGAUGUUCGCCGAUUCAGUGAAGCCGCUUAUAAAGGGAUUAAGAGAGCCAUCAAAGCCGGCUCUAAGAAUCCGCUGGUGAUCCUACCGAUCAGUGAUGGCCUCCAGAGUUACAGUCUGUUUGAAGCGGCGACCGUUUUGGGUGCUUAUUAUGCUCUUUAUGUGCCUUUAGAGAUUAGAGAAGCGAUUCCGACCAGAGCUAAGAAGUUGAAUGCAAUUAAUUUUUCUAAUUUCUCAUCUAAUGAUAAAACUUUGUUCACUUAUCGAUUGGCGAAUGCCAUUGAAAGUGGCCGAAUAGUGGCCAGAGAUAUUGGCGGCUCUGAUCCCGAGAGAAUGGCCGCUCCAAAAGUAGCCCAAUAUGUUGAAGAAUUGUUUAAGAACUCUGUGGUCAAAGUGAAUAUCAUUAGCGAUGAAAAACAAUUGGAAAAAGAGUUUCCCUGUUAUGCUGCUGUCAACCGGGCGUCGGCAGAGAGACAUAAGGCUAGAGCUAUAUUCUUGAGUUAUGAACCGCCAGAAAAAGUGACAAAAACAUUGAUAUUAGUUGGAAAAGGUGUCACUUAUGAUACCGGAGGGGCUGAUAUUAAAGCUGGAGGUAUUAUGGCCGGAAUGCAUAGAGACAAAUGCGGUUCAGCAGCUGUGGCCGGAUUUUUUCAGACAGUGGCCACAUUGAAACCUAAACACACUCGUGUUUUGGGCGUUAUGGCUAUGGUUCGCAACAGUAUUGGUCCCGAUUGUUAUGUGUCCGAUGAGAUAAUAACAUCGAGAGCUGGCGUUCGAAUUCGGAUCGGUAAUACCGAUGCUGAGGGACGUAUGGCAAUGGUUGACUUUAUUUCAUAUUUUAAGGAAAAGAUUGUAAAUGAAAAGUUAGUCAAUCCGUCAAUCUUUACUAUUGCCACACUUACCGGUCACUGUUGUCUGGCCGUUGGCGAUAAUUAUUCGAUAAUAAUGGACAACGGACCGGCUCGUCAGUUACGGACUGCAGAGACUGUUCAGAGUGCCGGUCACGAGAUUGGCGAUCCAUUUGAGAUAUCAACGAUUCGUCGCGAAGAUUAUGAGUUCAAUAUAGGAAAGUCUGAAUACGAAGACAUUCUUCAGUGUAAUAACGCCGCUUCGUCGCGAACACCGCGCGGACAUCAAUUGCCCGCAGCUUUUCUUAUUCAAGUGUCCGGUUUGGACAAACACGGUAUCGACUCCGAGAAACCGAUACCGUUUUCUCAUAUUGAUAUAGCUGGCUCUUCGGGACCGUUCCCUGGCGUACCUACCGGAGCUCCAAUUGCCGCAUUGACUGCAAGUUAUCUACUGAAAGACGAUUAAAAAAUACAGUAUCAAUGAAAUCCUCUUUAAUUAAUUAUGAUUAUAUAUAAUACAUGUUUUUAAUAAAAUAUUAAUGACUAACGAUUGAUAAAUCAAAAAUAAAGAAAUUAUAUAUAACAACAAUUCAUAGAAAAAUAUUUAA